AUGUCCAAGCUCUGGCAAGCCGCCCCCCUCCCCGCCACCGCGCUCGGCCGGCACCGCAAGCUCGCGCCGAUCGCGGGCGUGCGCGUGUCCCCAAUCCAGCUCGGGGCGAUGAGCAUCGGGGACAAGUGGGAGAAGCACGGGAUGGGCGCGAUGAACAAGGAGAGCAGCUUCAAGCUGCUCGACGCGUACUACGACAAGGGCGGGAACUUCAUCGACACCGCGAACGGCUACCAGGACGAGUCCUCGGAGGAGUUCAUCGGCGAGUGGAUGGAGGCGCGCGGCGUGCGCGACCAGCUGGUGAUCGCGACCAAGUACACGACGAACUACAAGCGCGGGGAUGAGAACCAGGAGAUCAAGCAGAAGACGCACUACACGGGGAACAACAUGAAGUCUCUGCACCUCUCCGUCGCGGCGUCCCUGAAGAAGCUGCGCACUGACUACAUCGACAUCCUGUAUGUCCACUGGUGGGACUUCGAUUGCACCGUGGAGGAGGUCAUGAACGGCUUGCACAACCUCGUCGUGUCCGGCAAGGUCCUCUACCUCGGCAUCUCGGAUACGCCCGCGUGGAUCGUGUCAAAGGCGAACAUGUACGCCCGCCUCAUGGGGAAGACGCCCUUCGUCAUCUACCAGGGCCUCUGGAACAUCCUCCAGCGCGACUUCGAGCGCGAUAUCAUCCCUAUGGCCCGGGAGGAAGGUCUGGCCCUUGCUCCAUGGAGUGUCUUGGCGGCUGGUAAGAUCCGCACCGACGAAGAGGAAGAGCGGCGGCGGAAGACGGGCGAGAAGGGCCGCACGAUCAGCAGACCCGACUGGGAGAGGACCGAGGACGAGAAGAAGAUGUGCAAGGCCCUCGAGGAAGUCGCAAAGCAGGUCGGCGCCAAGAGCAUCCAGGCGGUGGCAAUCGCGUACGUGAUGCAGAAGACGCCAUUCGUCUUCCCCAUCAUUGGUGGCCGCAAGGUCGAGCAGCUCGACGACAACAUCGAGGCGCUGAGCGUCGCGCUCUCGGAAGAGCAGGUCAAGUACCUCGAGAGCAUCCUGCCGUUCAACCCUGGCUUCCCGAACACCAUGGUCGGUGACGGAACGGAGUACACCGUGCUGACCAAGACGGCUGGCAACUUUGACAAGUGGCCCCGCCCUCAGGCCAUCCGCCCGUCGACGUGA